AUGGCUGUUUGUCACAAGGCCGCAAGGCCGUUGGCGCGAUGUAUGCAGACCUCUCAACCACCAUGUUUUUCAGCAAGAUCAAUUCGACAGUUUACAACCACGUCCCGGCGGGACGGGGAGGUUGCUACAGUGCCUGAAACCGAGCCCAUCGUUUACGACCCAGCUACAGUCACAUCCAGAAAGGGCGAAAAGGCAUUGAUGAAGAGUGGUGUGAUGCCAAUUGGGUCAAGACGUCGUCGUGCAGCCCUGAAAUCUUCCGGAAAUCUCCCAUUCGAGCAACUUCCUUACCAAUGCUUUCAGGAGGCUCUCAAGAUUUUCCGAACAGAUAGGGAGGAGAAGCUGAAGCAGAUUCAAACCGAGAGAUUACGGAUAUCGAAUCUAGAAGCUCAAGAUGCUUCAAACGUUAAGGGUGGAGAGGUGCAGAAGCAGAGACGGCUGGUUAGCAUGAGAAGCCAUCUUGAGUAUCUGAAGAUCCAGGCGGAUAUUAAUGAUCCGCUAAUCAAGAAGCGCUUUGAGGACGGCGAAGGCGAUAUGAACAAACCCAUCUACCGCUACAUGGCUGAGAAACAAUGGCGGAAAUACCAACAGCUCCUCAUCGCUCAGCGCAUAGACCAGUUCAACAUUGUCCCCGACGUGCUUCCCCAUUUCGAACCUACCGCCGAUGUACGCCUAGCAUUCAAGCAACGUAGUGUGCAGCAUGGAGAAUAUGUCGAUUCUCGAGUCAGCGAGGUCCCUCUCCGAUUGAAAGUACAGGUCUUUGACAAGGGCGAGCGACUUGUCAGUAUCGUGGUUAUUGAUUCGGAUGUUCCAGUUUCCGAGGAGGAUAACUUCACAUCCCGCUGCCAUUUCCUUGCGACCAACAUUCCGCUCUCUCCCACCAUCACCUCAAUACCCAUUUCGCAACUCCCUAAAGAGUCGAUUGCACUACCUUGGAUGCCGCCGUUCGCGCAAAAGGGGUCGCCAUAUCACCGCUACUCCGUCUUCGUCCUGCAACAACAGCCCGGCGAGACUCUAGAUGCUGCGCAGCUGAAGGAGGCUGUGCAACGCGAUGGGUUCCGACUACGAAGCUUCAAAGACAAGUAUAAGCUGGACCCGAUCGGGAUGAGCAUAUUCCGCAGCACAUGGGAUGAAGGGACUGCAGGGGUCAUGCAGAGAGCCGGCAUUGAGGGCGCGGAUAUUGAGUUCAAGAGGAAGAGGGUCGAGGCCCUUAAACCGAAGCAGAAGGCGAGAGGCUGGGAGGCACGGCACUCUAGCGCUAAGUAUAGACAGCUGUGGAGAUGA